CUCUGUGGAGUUUCACGAACAACACCGAACAAAUUCUAUCCUUCAAUUCAGGACCAUGCGCUGGUGUCGCAUACCACGAGCCGCGGCAAAGAUGUACUUAAUUUUGGUCGCCAUAUUUCUCACCUCGUUAUUCAUAAACUUCAUAAGAAAAGAUUCCAUGACCUUUAAUGUAGAACAACUCAAAGGUCUUCUCCUGCACCAAGACCGAGAAUAUAGAGUGAACGCUGGGAAACCGACUUUUAUUCAGGAUCAUCAGAGUAUGGCAGAAAAGAACUAUGGUGCGAGUGAGGUGUCAAUAAAACCUGAAGAGCUCACUGAUACGCACUCUCAGUUCAAGAAUGAAACCGCCUCACGUGACAGUGAUGAGGUUCACGAUAUAAAAGACAACGAAGAGAAUAUUCAAGACGAAGAAUAUAAUACUCCAAACACAAAGAGAGAUGAUGAGGACGAACUACACGACAUUAGAAAUAAUGGAAAUAACGAAAACAAAAAGCGCGAUGCUCAAGAAGCAAAGAAAGAGGAGGAGAAAGAUGCUAAGUACAAUGUCACGCAUGCGGAAGAGGACGAUAAACUCAAAGGUGAUAAUGACAGAAAUGUUGGCCAGUAUGAAGGAAACGAAGAAGCAACUGUAGGUAACAAUCGUAAUGGAAGAGAUAAGGAUGAUCAAGGCACCAACGAAAAAAAAAACGAAAUCCAAGAUAAAAUUUCGCACAAAUAUCAGACAGCCCGAGACGCUAACGAGUCUUCAGGAAAUGCCAAGCGAAAUGGAAAGGCAACAGACUCAAAUACAGGGAUGCUGACCACUCCUUCUCUAAGUAAGGUGCUGUCAUCGACAUUCAUUCCAGUGGAACCCGACACAGUACCGGUGGGACAGUCUCCUGAUAUCCCAAAGAGGUUCCUCAUCGAAGAGGCAGAUUACUGCAAGCGGCGACCCAAGUUGCAGAUCAUUGCGUAUAUUCACUCCUCCAUCUUGCGUGUCAAGCAACGAAAUGAAACCAGGAGCAGCUGGGCCAAUGCCUCUGCCUACAACAUGGGUCCCAUGAAUGUCAGCAUCGGGGUCGUGUUCAUGGUGGGGCGUGCUAAGAACGAACUAGAACGUCUCAUAAUACAGGAAGAGAGUAAAAAAUAUCACGACAUUGUUCAGGGGGACUAUGGUGACCAUUAUCGUCUCCUGACAUACAAGGGUCUGGCUGGCCUCUACUGGAUAAACCAACACUGCGCCCAUGUUCCUUGGACCCUCCAUUCUGAUGAUGAUACGCACAUUGAUAUAUUUCUGUACCACCAAGCUCUUCGACAACUAGACGAGGAAUCGAAACAGAAAUUUAUAUGUAGCCACAUGUACGGUCCUGCUCUGAGGUAUGGCCGAUACAAGGUGAGAUACGAGGAGUAUCCGGCCAGGGACUACCCAUUGUACUGCUCCGGUGGAGUGUGGUUCCUGCAGACAAGAUUCAUACCACGACUCCUCGAGGCCAGGAAAACCGUGCCUUAUUUGUGGGUGGAUGACGCUUACAUCACAGGACUUCUGGCCAGGAGGGCGGGUAUAGGACACCUACCAUUCCAAAGAUAUUACGGUGGACCACAUGUACAUCCAGAAAAACUGGGAAAAGAAGUUGCAUGGUUUGUUAAAUUUGCUCCUCGUUCAGAGUGGUGGCAAAAAAUUGUUGACUACCAUAGGAACCAUUCCAUGCAGCAACCAGCCACUCUACCACAUUAAAAAAUAAAUAAAUAAAUAGAUAAAAUAAAAAAUGACAAACUAAAGAAA